UUGUUUACCGGCUUCCCGCAAAAAAUAUCUGGAGGGUUAUUAUUAUCAUUGUUCUAAACGUUCUAAACUUUUGAAGUUCUAUGUCAUGGUAAAAUUAUUACUCUAUGUAUGGCGUGUGGGGCAUUGUCUAUGGCGUAUUGGCGUAUGACCCAAACGGCGUGCAAGUUAAUAGUUUGUAGUUACUAGUUAGUAGUUUGUACUUAUUAUUCUUGUCUGAUGUCUGAUGUCUAAUAUUAUUAUUUAAUUCUACUUUGUCUAUGAUAUUAUGUUAUAUUGAUUAUUUUGAAGCUUGGCAUAGGUACUUUAGCAGUCGUGUUCGCACUGUUCGUGCCUCCCAUACCCUCAUGAAUUAUAAAUCUGUCGCAAUUAAUCAAUUUCUGUAAUUAAAUGAUAUUUGACUAUUCAGUGAACAAUACCGAUCGCGUACCUUCGUCCCUCAUUUGUUGUUCUCUUGCUCACUAGUAUUUGUUGGUUAUAACUUAAAAGUAUUUAAAUAUUAUUCUACGAUACGGUUUUAUUGAGUUAUUCAGUAAUUUUGUUGCACACUGCAUAACAAAAUGGACAUGGCCAGUAUGUCAAGUUUUUCCUCGUCUGUGGACGAAUCGCAUUCGGAAGAAGAAUUUCAAUUGUUUAAAACCCAGCUGAACAAAGUUCAAGAUAUUAUCGAAGAAUACAGCAACAAAAUCGUUGACAAGACAUUGUGUUCCGAUGAUCUAGCUAACAUGAAGAAAGAAAUGAAAUAUUUGACGGACCUUGAGGUGAAAGUAACUUCGGAAAAAAUGAAAGCCAAUUAUGUGUCGUACAAAACCAUAUCUUUAAAAAUGGUACAAGAAUCUUAUCGUAUUUGUAACUGGCUUUUGGAAAAGCAAUGCAGUGAAAUGGAUAAUAUUUUUCAUAUAGACACAUAUGUUGAUAAAAUUAUUGAAGCAUGUGUUCAUAAAAAAGAUCCUUUGGGCCACAUGAACACUUUAUUCAAAGGUGCCUUCAAAAACAUCCAUUAUUUUAAUCUAAGUUUCUACGGUAACAUUAAAUCAGAAGAGGCUGUUGAAACCCAAGUAUUAACACAAUCAAAGAAAGAAUACAGAAAAUCACAAAAAAGACCAUUAGAUGAUCUAGUGGUUCCUGAUGAGGUGGGUAGUGAAACUGGUGACAAUGAGUUACAAAUCACUUUAUUAAGAGUUAAAAGCUGUUUGAAGAAAGCUGUGUCAGAUAAUCAAGGAAAUCCAGUAUCAUUCCAUCAAUUUGCUAUCGAUCCAUUUAACAUGACAUUUGCAAUAGAAAAUUUAUUUAAUUUGGCUUCAUUGGUGAAAGACGGUGUUGUGAAAAUUGAAAAUGUUUCAGAUGAUGAUAAUAAUGAGUUUUCAACAAUAACAUUGGUAAAAAAAAAAAGUACUAAUACCAAAUCUAAAAGAGAUGAAAUCAUAUCAUCUUUAUUCACAUUGAACCGUGAAUUAUGGCAGUAUUAUAUCAAAAAAUAUCACAUAACUAAAAGAAUGAUCACACAAGAUGACGAGUAAAAAUAUUACAAAAAGAUUUUUGGAUAUUUUUUUAAAAUACCACUGUAUAAAAACCUUGAUUUAUAUUUUUUAAAAAACCACCAAAAAAUGUUUGUGGUUCUUAAUCCGACCAUUCAACUCUCAUAAUAGUCUUAUUUUAAUGAAGUCAACUAUUAUGACUUUAUGAGCAUGUGUCAUUAAAACAAGAAAAAUAAAAUGCUUUUGAUUCAAAUAGUAUAACUAUUUUUCUUUCCUAAUUAUUAUUAAUAAAUACCUUCUGUUUUACCUGUAAUCUUGCAAAUUUGAUAAUAUCCAUGUCCUAUUAUGGGUUGAAUUGCUAUAACUAUUAAUGUAUAUUAAGUAAUCUAUUGUAGCACUUUUUUAAUGUUAGUACAACAUGUAAACAUAUAAUACAUUUAUUAUGCCAUAUGAUUUUGUUAAUACUAUAUUACUUCAAUUAGAUAUUUGAAUAUAUUUUUAUAUUUUAUUUAUGUGGGAUUUAUGAAAAAUGUAUAGUGACAUUUUGAAUCACAUUUUAUAAUUGAAUUGUUGU